AUGGACCCUCUUGUUCAACACAGUUAUCACAAUCCAGAAGCUUCUUACGACUUCUCGGACAGAAUACAUCAAAGGAAGCCAAAAUUAUCUCUUGCUCUGUAUCGUGAUUAUAUAAAUCAAAAGUUACAAACAUGGAUAUCUUUAAUUUCAUUUACAAAAAUAAGAGUUACCAGAACAUUUAUCAUAGCGAUCACUACGACCAUGGUUUCUGCUACAUUACGUCCGGUUGCAACAAUUAUUUGCGGAAAUAUUUUUGGAAUAUUCGCUCUUUAUGGCUCAGGAACCAUCGUAUCGUCCCAAAUGCUUGAUAGUGUCUCCACUUCGUGCAAAGUCCUUAUAGUCCUUAGUGGCCUCUCGUGGGUCGUUGAGGCUGGGUUUAUGUCAUCAUGGAUAGCUUUUGGCGAACAGCAUGCAAAAGAAAUGCGUAAUAGGUUAUUCAGUGCCAUGCUCAAGAGAAAUAUCAAAUGGUAUGAUCUGAGAACAGAGGGCCUUGACACUUUAUUGGCUCGGAUUGAAACGCAAAUAAGAGAGCUCCAAUUGGGUGUCUCACAACCCUUGGGCUUUAUCUUAUACGAAGCUAUAAGUACGAUCUUUUCACUUGGUAUUGCACUUUACAACUCUUGGCAGCUAACACUCCUUAUUCUAAUAAAUCUUCCAAUAAUGAGCUUAGUUUUAUGGCUUGUUUCGAGGAAAAUUGAACGCGCGAUCGAAGAGCAAAAAUUAUACUUAACACAGUCCUUGAAGUACGCAAGCACCACCAUCAGGGAAAUAGAUACUGUUAAGUCAUAUAAUGGUCAAGACCAUGAACUGCGGAAUUAUGAAAAUAGCCUUCGACUCGUUACAAGAAACUACUUGAUUCAAGCAAGAGCCAAUGCUCUACAGAUGGCUACUAUGAAAUUCGUUAUGAUCCUUAUUUUUGUGGAAGGAUUCUGGUUUGGCCUUCAUUUAGUCAAAAAACAAAAGAGCUCUACGAAUAUAAUCGUCGCUUUCUAUUCUACACUUGCUGUUAUUCAAGCACUUGAGGUAGCACUACCUCAAUGGAUCGUACUUACUAAAGGAAUUUCAGCUGAAAUUGCCUUGUCCUCACUCUCUAAUGUAACAGACGAUGAAAUAAUCGGAAAUAUGAUGGAUACCAUCAUUCCUGACAUAGAACAUAGCGAUAUCGAAUUCAAAAAGAUUUCAUUCUCAUACCCCACAACCCCACACAAAAAAGUUAUUGACUGUGCAAGCUUGAUAUUUCCUGCCGGAAAGAUAACGUAUUUAGUUGGAAGGAGCGGCUCCGGAAAAAGCACCCUUGCGAAUAUCCUCAUGAAUUACUACACAGCUACCUCAGGUGAGGUGCUGAUCGAUGGAAAUUCAACAUCUAGAAUAUGUCCAAAAUUCCUGCGAAAUAACAUAACAAUGAUUCAUCAAGACAAUAUCCUUUUUAACGACUCUAUCUACCAAAAUAUUGCUUUAGGCCGGAUUGAGUACGUAAGCUCGAAAGAUGUUAACAAUGCUGGUGAAGUUGUAAACUUAAAUGAGAUGUUAAUGAGCUUACCCGAUGGUCUAAAUACUAUGGUGGGCUUGCGUGGAAAAACGCUUAGCGGAGGUCAAAGACAACGUGUGUCGAUCGCAAGAUCUCGGCUUCGUGACUCUCCCAUUCUAAUUCUUGAUGAAGUAACGAGUGCACUAGACCAGGCCUCUCGUGAUCAUAUAACGGCAGAAAUUCGUAAAUGGAGGAAGGGGAAGACCACAAUAAUUAUUACUCAUGACAUCUCUCAAAUUCCAGAUGACUGCUACAUAUAUGUACUUGAGAAAGGCUCUGUUAUUCAGAGUGGAUUUGUAAGCGAGCUCAAUGGAAAUAAAGAGGACGCUUUUAUUUCGCUCGUGGAGAACUACAGAAAAACAGGACACAGAUUUUCAAAACUGCUGCCUGAAAAUAAAAUAAAUUUAUUAGAACCAGACUCGUUGGCUACCAGACCAAAAAGCCUCACUUUAAGCAAGACUCAGUACAAUAUUCGACUUCAACAAAAGAUGCAUAUAUCUACCCUAAAUGUGAAUCAUAUGUCCCUAAAUCCAAACGACUUACCAAUCAAAGCACUCGAAUCUGUACCGCUCAAAGCCGAAUUUAAUUUUGAAUCUCAUCUUAAUGCUCAAAGGUUUCCAAAAAUCUCAUCAGAAUUGUGGACAGAUCAAAUAAGUUCUGGAUCAGAUCCAGAACCUAGCGUGGAUAUUCAAAAGAAUUUGCAUGAAACUAUUAAUAAUUAUUUACCACAUGAAACUCUCCACACAUUCGAGUUCAGCCCAAAAACUAAGUUGGCGAUAAAUGACAAUGUUUUUCACUCAACACAUCCUUUAAUCGUUAAGAUAUGGCAUGAGUUGUCAGUCCAAAACAAAAUCUCUUUAGUGCUAGGAGUUUUUGCUUGCUUUGCGACAGCAGUAGCUACUCCAAUGUUUGCUUACUGCAUCUCACGUCUUAUGGGAGUAUACACAUUGUCAGAUAACCAUUCUGCCAAAGUUUCUAUCUGGGCUAUAACUCUAAUCUGCCUUGCUUCUAUCGAAUAUUUUACUACCUACUACUCCCGCUACUACCUUGAGAAAGUGGCACAAGCAUGGGUCACAAGUCUUCGUAUAAAAUGUCUUCGCUUAAUUUUAGCGCAGCCGAAAAUAUGGUUAGAUAACACUAACAACUCUCCUUCAAGGCUUAUUGAGUACCUGGACCGAAAUGCCGAGGAAAUGCGGAAUCUUAUUGGUCGAUUUCUUGGGCCAAUUUUGACUUUGAUUUGUACUCUUAGCAUCUCAGUAAUUUGGUCUUUAAACACAAACUGGAAAUUAACACUAGUAGCACUAAUCUGCAGUCCAGCUGUGUAUGUUGGCGGCACAUCUUUUAGCUGGAUAUCUACUCUGUACGAAAUAAAAUGUAAUGAAAUGGCUACGGCCACAAGCAAUAUCUUUAACGAAGUCGCUUUAAAUAUACGUGCUGUGAGAUGUUAUAGAUUGGAAUCUUAUUAUCAAGACAAAUAUACAAGUGUGGUUGCUUCAGCGUAUUUCAUGGGACUUCGUCGCUCAUUAUACAGUGGUUUAAUCUACGGUCUUAUAAGCGAUUCUAUAUCCUUUGUAAUCACAGCUCUUGUUGUUUAUUAUGGAGGCAGACUUAUCGUCGACGAUAAUCUAUCUGUACCGGAUUGUCUUCAGGUUAUUAACUUCUUACUUUUUGGCCUCAGCCAUGGAUUUGCAGUACUACCCCUUAUACCUCAGGUCAGUGCUGCAUUGGUUACGGCUACAAAGAUUCUCCUUCUGCUGGAUCUUCCCGAGGAGCUCAAUUGUAAUGAGAGAUAUUUGAAGCGUACUUCAUCCAUAUUUCCAAUUAUUUUUAAAAACUUAAGCUUUACCUAUCCAAAUAGCGCAAACCGAGUACUCAAAGGAAUAGAUCUAAAAGUUAGGUCUAACUCCUGUAUAGCUAUUGUAGGACGCUCCGGAUCUGGGAAAUCGACUAUCGCUUCGCUUAUUCUUACACUUUGUUACCCCGACCCCUUGCCCACUCCAUCGCUUACCUUUUCGGGUGUACCACUUGAAAAAUGCGAUCUAAGAACCCUCCGAAGCUUUAUUUCAAUAGUCCCACAGGAUUUAUCUCUUUUUCCAGACACUAUUUAUGCAAACAUUAUUUAUGGUCUUCCUAGUAGCUCACCGUAUGCAACUAUGGAGGCGGCUCGAGCAGCUGCCAAACAAGCUUGUAUUUACGAUUUCAUCGUGAGCCUCGAAAGGGGAUUCAAUACUGUUGUAGGCGAAGGCAGUAUGGGUCUUUCUAGAGGUCAAGUCCAGCGCAUACUAAUUGCUCGGGCGCUUGUUAGACAACCCAAGCUCUUGAUUUUGGACGAGCCAACAUCUGCACUUGAUAUCGAGUCAGCCGCUCACAUCCGCUCCAUGUUAGAAAUGUUGCGUUGCCAAGCCACCAAUAGUAUGGCCAUAAUCAUUAUUAGCCACAAUAUAGAACUAGUAGCUAUUACUGAUGAAGUCGUUGUUCUCGAGAAAGGGAUGGUUAUCGAGCAGGGUAAAUUUUCAACUCUUUGGGGUAAACCGAGUAGUGCACUGCGGAAGAUUUCCGGCGAAUUUGGUAAGAACAUUUAA